AUGACUACUAUUUUUACUGCCCAGGCCAAACAGCAAGGAUCAAAACUCAAAUUUGGGCUACAGUUCAAAUAUCAAGGAUCUGAUCUCAAAUCAAGGUUACUGGUACAUACUUUUUUCUCUGUCUUUACUUGCUUUCUUUCGUAUUGGCCUAAUGUUUCUACCAUCCGGCUACACAACGAAGAAUUUGUUUUCCUUCCAGUGCAACAGUCCAAGCCAGCCAUCAUGAAUCAAAUAUCCGUCCAUGUCCUUGCAGUCAAUGGUAACGAGCAGGGACCCAUCAAAUUCAACGCUCAUGGAUCCGGUUUCCAUAAAGCCGAAGAACUAGGACUUGAUAUUCAUCCAGACUUGCAGAUAUAUAUUUUUCUUUGGGCCAUUGUUUAUUGGCUUUUUUAUCUGUCUAUUGUUUUUACUGUCAAGGAAAACCAUCAAGGAUCCGAUCUCCAUCCAUGUUUUCACCGCCCAAAUCGAAGAACAAAGAUUUCAUCUGCAUCCACGGUUACAGUCUACUCGCAGGAAAGGCCAACAAUCAAGAUGCCACUCUCCUUCUUGGAUUUCGGUAGUCUUUUCACAAUCGAGGCCAUCACCCAAGAUUUCAUAGUCCAUGCAGGUUUACAGUCAAGACUACUAAUUGAGAUUCCGCUGCUCAUCUGGGUCCACGCCGAUUAUCAAUAUUCUGCUAUUCGUCGAGGCCACACCAAAGAUCAAGAUUUUAGUCUCCACCCAGGUUCACAGACAUUCAAGCCAAGGGAUAAACUUUCUAAUCUCAACAAUGAGCCGCAGUGUUUUAAAUCCGACUCCAACGAUCAAGCUUCAAAUUUCCAUUCGUUGAUCAAGUUUUCCGUCUUUAUCAUGUUUCCACUCAACAUUCUUGGAGUCAUGGUCAACGAUCAAGAUCCUGCCAUUAAUCCAACGCCUUAA